AGCAGCAUCUGCUCUUGUGUAUAUGGACAGUGGAUAGCCGCGUCUCUCUAUCCAACGAGAGGCUCUGAGGUGCCUGCUCUAUUAGAUUAACGAUGCAGUUGUUUACGAGGGGAUAAAGGCGAAGCUUCAAAGAGCAAGAACUACAGAACAUUUAUGGCUGGUGUUCGUCAACAUGCACCACCGCUGGCUGCUGCUUGUUGCAUGCUUUUGGGUUCUUUUCAUGCUGAUGGUUGCUAGCAAGUUAAUCACCUUAACAAUGAAAGAUCCAGAAGGUUAUGGAAACAAGCAAGGACCAUUAACUGUAUUACCUGAAACAGAGAAAAUCGCAGUGGCUGAGACAACAAAGUUACAGAUAGAAAGCCAGCCAACAACAAAUUCUCUUAAAGAUGAGUCCUACACCGUUCUUCUGCACAAAGAGCGCACAGAGCUGCUUCGCAGUGUUUGCAGUAAUGGAUCUCUCCGUAAUCUCUCGCACACUGCCAUCUCCAAGUUUGUUUUGGAUCGAAUCUUUGUCUCUGAUAAGCACAGGAUACUCUUUUGCCAAACUCCAAAAGUUGGAAACACCCAGUGGAAAAAAGUUCUCAUAGUUUUAAAUGGAGCCUUUUCUUCAAUUGAGGAGAUACCUGAAAAUGUGGUGCACGACCAUGAAAAGAAUGGCCUUCCAAGGCUUUCUUCAUUCAGUGCACAAGAUGUGCAUGAACGAUUGAAUUCAUAUUUUAAAUUUUUCAUUGUGCGAGAUCCAUUUGAAAGACUCAUAUCUGCUUUCAAGGAUAAAUUUGUUCACAACCCACGCUUUGAGCCUUGGUAUAAGCACGACAUCGCACCGGCUAUCAUCCGAAAGUAUAGGAAGGAUCGCAGAGAGUCCAGGGGUGGGCUUCAGUUUCAAGACUUUGUACGCUACUUGGGGGACCCAAACCACAGGUUUCUCGAUCUCCAGUUUGGUGAUCAUAUAAUUCACUGGGUAACAUAUGUGGAACUGUGUGCACCGUGUGAAAUUGAUUACAAUGUAAUUGGACAUCAUGAAACACUAGAAGAUGAUGCCCCAUACAUCUUGAGGGAAGCUGGAAUAGAACACUUGGUAUCCUACCCUACAAUACCUCCAGGAAUAACAAAGUACAACAAAUCCAAGGUAGAAAACUAUUUCUCUAAAGUAUCCAAAAGGGACAUCAGACGCUUAUACACAAGGUUUGAAAGGGACUUCAAGCUUUUCGGAUAUAAAGAACCAACAUUUUUAUUUUAGUUCUGUCUGGUAAUGCAAUGGCUUCAUACUCUUUCAUUCUCUUUUGGGGUAUUGCAUAAGCACGACUACUGAAUUUCCUUCUCUGCUCGGUUUCUAAGCAGUGGAAAUUAUCUUUAGGAUCUUGCAAGGUCUUUUCUUGGCCUCAUACAGUCAAUGCACACACUUAAUUUGAGGUAAUUUCCAAAAAGAGAGUGUGGAUAACAUUUUAACUACUGUUUUGUCCCUUAGAGCAGACAACAAAUAUUACUUUCUUAGUAGAAAGCACUGGUGUAUUUGAAAACCUCCGUAUUCUGGAUAACACUGGACCCUUAAGCAAUAUAUUGCAUAGGACUGCUGUCUUUGAUGCAUUGGCACUUUCUCCAUGAAUACUUAACUUUAGGAAAAUGAAAUAGAUAUGGACGUUAAAGUGCUAUUUGCAAGUACAGUAUUUCAUCUGCUACUAUGCAAUGACCCCGUGGGAAGAUAACACAUGCACUCUG